AUGCCAGGCUUCGCCCAAGCCAACGACUUGGAGGCGUGGCAGAAGCUCGCCCAGCACCACCAGAAGCUUGGCAAGGACAUUGUCCUGAAGGAGUACUUCCAGAAAGAUCCCCAGCGCUUCGAGAAGUUCAGCUACACAUUCAACAAUGAGGCGGACAACUCGGAAACUCUGUUCGACUUCUCCAAGAACUUCAUAACCGAGGAGACCGUGGACCUGCUCGUGCAGCUGGCCAAAGAGGCCAAGCUGGAGCAGUUGCGCGAUGACAUGUUCGCGGGCGAGAAGAUCAACUUCACCGAGAAGAGGGCUGUGUACCACGUCGCGCUGCGCAACGUGUCGAACCAGCCUAUGCAGGUUGACGGCAAGAGCGUGGUUGAGGAGGUCAACAGCGUGCUUGACCACAUGAAGGAGUUCUCCGAGCAGGUCAGGAGCGGCGAAUGGAAGGGCUACACCGGGAAGCAGAUCAAGACCAUCAUCAAUAUUGGCAUCGGUGGCUCGGAUCUUGGCCCGGUGAUGGUCUGCGAGGCGCUCAAGGCCUACGGCAAGCGGGACCUGACAAUGCAUUUCGUGUCGAACAUUGACGGUACCCACAUUGCAGAGGCCCUCAAGGAGUCGGAUCCAGAGACCACGCUCUUCCUCGUGGCCUCCAAGACCUUCACUACCGCAGAGACGACAACUAAUGCCAACACUGCCAAGCACUGGUUCCAGGAGCACGUCAAGGACGAUUCUGCCAUCGCCAAGCACUUUGUUGCGCUGUCCACGAACGAGGCGGAGGUGACCAAGUUCGGCAUCGACAAGAAGAACAUGUUCGGCUUCUCGGACUGGGUCGGCGGCCGCUAUAGCGUCUGGAGCGCUAUCGGCCUGAGCGUAGCUCUAUACAUUGGCUUUGACAACUUCCAUGAGUUCCUCGCGGGCGCACACGCGAUGGACAAACACUUCAAGGAGACGCCGCUGGAGAAGAACAUCCCAGUACUGGCGGGUCUUCUAAGCGUCUGGUACUCCGACUUCUUCGGAGCUCAGACCCACCUUGUCUCGCCAUUUGACCAGUAUAUGCACCGCUUCCCUGCUUACCUGCAACAACUCACCAUGGAGUCGAACGGCAAGGCCAUCACCCGAAGUGGCGACUACGUCAAGUAUACCACGGGCGCCGUCUUCUUCGGCGAGCCAGCAACGAACGCUCAGCACUCGUUCUUCCAGCUCCUUCACCAGGGUACGAAGCUCAUCCCUACUGACUUCAUCCUUGCGGCCAAGAGCCACAACCCGAUUGAGAACAACAAGCACCAGAAUAUGCUUGCCUCCAACUUCUUCGCUCAAGCCGAAGCUCUCAUGGUGGGCAAGACACCCGACGAGGUGAAGGCAGAGGGCGCGCCCGAUGAGCUGGUCCCGCACAAGACCUUCCUGGGCAACCGGCCCACGACCUCGAUCCUCGCAGAUAAGAUUACGCCGGGCACGCUAGGCGCGCUGAUUGCGUACUACGAGCACCUGGUCUUCACGGAGGGUGCCGUCUGGAACAUCAACAGCUUCGACCAGUGGGGCGUCGAGCUCGGUAAGAGCCUGGCGAAGAAAAUCCUUGCGGAGCUGGACGAGGGUGGCGAGGCGGGGAAGCAUGACGCCAGCACGAGCGGGCUCAUCAGUGCGUUCAAGAAGAAGGCUGAUAUCUGA